AGAGACACAGAGAGAGAGACACAGAGAGAGACAGACAGAGAGAGACACAGCCUGAGAGAGACACAGACAGAGAGAGACACAGACAGAGAGAGACACAGAGAGAGAGGCCUCAACGCGAUUUCAGUCUCCCGCCAGCUGGUGAUGUCCGUGAGUAGCGAUGUGGUUUAUCUACUUACUCAGCUGGCUCUCAAUCCUCCUGCAGAUUUCAUUCGUCACGCUCGCUAUAGCGGCUGGGCUGUACUACCUGGCGGAGCUGAUAGAAGAGUACACAGUGGUCACGAGCAAGAUUAUCAAGUACAUGAUCUGGCUGUCCACCUGUGUGUAUGUGGGGCUCCUCAUCUUUGAGAGCUUCCCGCUGAUCCUCGUCAGCCUGGGCCUCUUCAGCAGCGUCGUCCACCUUGGCCUCUUGCGUACCUUCCCCUACAUCCAGCUCACCUCGCCCAACUUCGUGCUCACCUGCCUGCUGGUAGCUGUGAACCACUACGUGGGCUUCCAGCACUUUGCUGAACAGCACUACCCCUUUACAGAGGUCUUGGCCUACUUCACCCUCUGCCUGUGGCUCGUUCCGUUUGCCUUCUUCGUGUCUCUGUCUGCUGGGGACAACGUUCUACCCUGCACCAUCGCCCAGUCUGAGAACGACGUGGUGUCUAACUACUUCACCAAGGGCAAGAAGAGUCGCCGCUCCGGCAUCCUCACGCUGUUCGGUGUUCUCAAGGAGAGCGUCCUGCCUCCUGCCCGGCAGAAGAUCUACUGACACACACACACAGUGAUACUGUGAUACACACACAGUGACACUGUGAUACACACACAGUGAUACACACACUGUGAUACACACACACACACUGACACACACACACACACAGUGAUACA